AUGCGCCAGCGCAGACCCUGAAAAGAGGCCAGGGUGGCCCCGCGCUUUCCUUUUCCGGUUGCAGCGCCGCGCGGUGAGGAUCUCUUGUCUAAUCUGCAGCCAUGCCUUCCAAGGGUCCUCUACAGUCGGUGCAGGUCUUCGGACGCAAGAAGACAGCCACGGCCGUGGCGCACUGCAAACGAGGUAACGGCCUCAUCAAAGUGAACGGGCGACCCCUGGAGAUGAUCGAACCGCGCACGCUGCAAUACAAGCUACUGGAACCUGUUCUCCUUUUGGGCAAGGAACGAUUUGCUGGUGUGGACAUCCGCGUCCGGGUGAAGGGUGGUGGUCACGUGGCCCAGAUUUACGCAAUCCGCCAGUCCAUCUCCAAAGCCUUGGUGGCCUAUUACCAGAAAUAUGUGGAUGAGGCUUCCAAGAAGGAGAUCAAAGACAUCCUCAUCCAGUAUGACCGGACCCUGCUGGUAGCUGAUCCUCGUCGCUGUGAAUCCAAAAAGUUUGGAGGUCCUGGUGCCCGUGCCCGCUACCAGAAAUCUUACCGAUAAGCCCAUCGUGAUGAUCAGCCUUCAGCUUUAUAAUAAAAACAUUUGUGGGAUUUAAGGUU